AUGAAUGGGCUAAGCUUUGGAGAACUGUGCUGCCUGUUUUGUUGCCCCCCGUUACCGGGCCGAAUAGCUGCCAAACUUGCCUUCCUACCGCCCGAACCGACCUACAACCUAACCCCGAUCGAUGAGUCCAAAGCGAAGUACUUGCUCAGCUUCAACGAGCGUGCCGAGUGGCCGUACUCGGAGCGCGAAAAGGAAAACGUGGAAGGCUUCUUCACGCGCACCUCCCGCGGCAACAAACUGUCCUGCAUCUACGUCAAGUGUACACCGACCGCCAAGUACACGCUACUGUUUUCCCACGGCAAUGCGGUCGAUCUUGGGCAGAUGAGUAGCUUCUACCUGGGGCUGGGAUUGCGCAUCAACUGUAACAUCUUCAGCUACGACUAUUCCGGGUACGGUAUGAGCGGCGGCAAGCCGUCGGAGAAGAACCUGUACGCGGACAUUGAUGCGGCGUGGCAUUCGCUGCGCACCCGGUUCGGUGUAAGCCCGGAAAAUAUUAUACUGUACGGUCAGAGCAUUGGCACGGUGCCGACGGUGGAUCUGGCCGCGCGGUACGAAGUUGGGGCUGUGAUUCUGCACUCUCCCCUGAUGUCGGGGAUGAGGGUGGCCUUUCCAAACACGAAGCGCACCUGGUUUUUCGAUGUGUUUCCCAGUAUCGAUAAGGUGUCGAAGAUAUCAUCACCGGUGCUGGUGAUACACGGCACGGAGGAUGAGGUUAUAGAUUUUUCCCACGGUUUAAGCAUUUACGAGAAGUGCCCGAAAGCCGUAGAGCCGCUGUGGGUUGAGGGAGCUGGACACAAUGACGUGGAGCUGUACAAUCAGUAUCUGGAUCGACUCAAGAAGUUUAUCGCGGUAGAGCUGGGCAACUGACAAUUAAAGAAUGCCUCCUCCGGUCAGCUUUCCUCUACUUCGUCGGCCGGAGCGGCAGUACCCCCGAAAAGCCCGCAACGUCCAGCGCAAAAAUCGACGGGCAAGCGUACCACAGCCGACGAACCAUCGGCCACCAACACAUCCAGCACGAGCGGCACCACGGCAGCAGCAGCAGCAGGAGCAUCAACGGCGGCCGCCGCCGGAACCUCGUCGCGCAGUGGUAGCGAAAAACUUUUAUAGCACUC